AUGCAAAUGCCUUUUGUUGUUAAAAAGGUGGACCAGCUGCUCGUGGGGCUGCGCUGGCGGCGGCUGGAGGAGCCGCUGGGCUUCAUCAAAGUUCUCCAGUGGCUUUUUGCUAUUUUCGCCUUCGGGUGCUGCGGCUCCUACAGCGGGGAGACCGGAGCAAUGGUUCGCUGCAACAACGAAGCCAAGGACGUGAGCUCCAUCAUUGUCUUGUUCGGCUAUCCCUUCAGGUUGAACCGGGUCCAGUAUGAGAUGCCACUCUGUGACGAGGAGGCCACCUCCAAGACCAUGAGCCUCAUGGGGGACUUCUCGGCCCCCGCCGAGUUCUUCGUGACGCUGGGCAUUUUUUCUUUCUUCUACACCAUGGCCGCGCUCGUGUUCUACCUGCGCUUCCACAGCCUCUACACGGACAAUAAGCGCUUCCCGCUGGCGGAUUUCUGUGUGACCGUCUCCUUCACCUUCUUCUGGCUGGUAGCCGCAGCUGCCUGGGGCAAGGGCCUGACUGAUGUCAAGGGGGCCACGCAACCAUCCAGCCUGACUGCGGCCAUGUCUGUGUGCCAUGGAGAGGACGCAGUGUGCAGCGAAGGGGCCACGCCCUCCAUGGGACUGGUCAACCUCUCAGUGCUUUUCGGCUUUAUCAACUUCUUCCUGUGGGCCGGGAACUGUUGGUUUGUGUUCAAGGAGACCCCUUGGCACGGGCAGGGCCAGGACCAGGGCCAGGGCCCCAGCCCGGAGAGCACUGCUGAGCAAGGAGCCGUGGAGAAGCAGUAA